CCAUCCCUCUAUCCCUCCCUCCCUCCGUCCAUCCAUCCCUCUGCCUCCCCUUCCUCUAUCCAUCCAUCCCUCUCCCUCCCUCCAUCCAUCCAUCCAUCUCUCCAUCCACCCAUCCCCUCAUCCCUCCACCUCGCCAUCCAUUCCUCCAAGUAA